AGCGAGCGCAGGGCGCGCACGCCCUCCUCGUGAAGUUAGCGAGUUCCUCUUCACGUCCCCCACUCUUCACCGCUGACCGAAGCCUCCUCCACGCGCAGCCUCGACGCGACUCUUGAGCCGUGCGCGUCUCGCGGAGCCCCGGGGCUUGCGGCUCCCAUUGGCCGCGCCGCGGGGCGGAGUCCGCGGCUCAAAAGGCACCGGCGGCUCCUCCCGCGCACGUUUCCUCUCUCCCCGCCCCGGCCACGGACUCCGCGGCUCCGUCUCCCACGGCCUCCGCUGUCCGGAGCGCGGCGUGGGCGAGGUCCGUGCGUCGGGAUGUAUUCCGCAGGAUUCGCACCCUACUACUUGAACGGCCUGGCGCUGUGGCCCGCGGCCUCUGCGGCCGCCGCCUAUUGCGCACCUGGUCUGGGCGACCCCUCCAAGAAGGGCUCGUUUUGCGUGGCCGAUAUUCUGCACCUGAGCGCCGUGGACAGCGCGACCCUGCAGGGCCCUCCUCCGGGCCACAAGCAGGGCCCCGCGGCCAGCCGGCCCGCGCCACCGGCGGGGGGGCAGCCACUCCGGCCGACUCCGCGCUCGCCCGGGGGGGACUGCGCCGAGAGGGGUCCCAGCCCCGCGGCGGGCGCGGGACCCGCUGGCGCGUCGCCCUCGCCGCGUCUCCUCCUCGCCACCCUGCACGCACAGCAUUGCUCGCCGGUGCCCAGCAGGGAGCUCAAGUUUGGCAUCGAGCGGAUUCUAGCGAGCGACUUCACCGCCAAGGCCAGCGAAGGCUUCUUCUUCGCCGAUCUGCCCGGCGCUCUUUCACCCCGCUACCCGGGACAGCUGCUCGUCGGCCACGGUGGCCCGGGCCACCAGCAUCAUCCGCAUCAUCAUCAUCACCAGCAGCAACAGCAGCAGCACCCGUUCGCGGGAGCCUUCCCCCCGGGGGGGAUGCACGGGGUCCCUGGCGAGAUGCACGCGCACGCGACGGGGGGUCCGCACCUGCAGCACGGACGCCACGCGAUGCCGCACUUCAGAGACGCCUUCCCAGCAGGUCCGUACGCGGUGCUGACCAAGGAGACGAUGCCGCCCAACUUCAAGCGAAAGCGCUCGUGGUCGCGGGCCGUCUUCUCGAACCUGCAGCGCAAGGGGCUCGAGAAGCGCUUCGAGAUCCAAAAGUACGUGACCAAGCCGGACCGCAAGCAGCUCGCAGCCAUGCUGGGACUCACGGACGCGCAGGUAAAGGUGUGGUUCCAAAAUCGGAGGAUGAAGUGGAGGCACUCAAAGGAGGCGCAGAAGGAGAAGGAGCAGCAGCAGCAGCAGUCGAGCGCGCAGAGCAAGGAGCCCCUCCCGGACCUCUCCGCCUCUGCCGGCGACAGCGACGCAGCCUCCAAGAGCGACGCGGCCGACGGCGGCAGCGACUCGGAGGGGCCCGUGGACGACGAGGAGGAGGAGGAGGAGGACGAGGCGGACGAUGUGGACGAUGUGGACGAGGUCGCGUCGCGGGAAACGGGGGGUGCCGUGGACCUGUCGGGCCGUGAAGACGCCUGGAAGCCGCGGGACGAGGGCCCGGCCGGGCCGCCGCUCGUCACGGAGCAGCCCGAGGUGGCCACAGGGAGCCGCGCGCGACUCCACGGGGAGGAGUGACCGUGAUGGCUGCGGUGCUGAGACAGUGAGCGCGGCGACUUCAAGUGGGCCGCAUCUGACAAGUGACGAUGGCCGCAGAGCCGCGAGUGACCAAGGUUGUUGCACUGCGGGGUAGGGGGGGGGGGGUGCCUGCACUCAUUGGGAUGUGACUGUGGCCGCAAAGUUGUGAGUGACCACUCGUGCGUGGCCCGGCAAGUGACGACGGCUGGGGCACGGCCCAAGUGACCGCCGCUGAUGCACAGCGAGGAGGGAGCUGUUCGGGAGUGACCACGGCUGCACGACAGGGAGGGACGGAUUGCUGCAUCCCGGAGUGGCGUGGGGUGGAGAGUGUGGUUUUUUUUCACUCCGGCCAUGUAUAGCAGCACCACGGCAGGUAAACACGGACUGCGGUGCGUGUGUGUGUGUAUAUCCAAUGUCUACGCGGUGUAGUUACGCGUUUGUACCAUAUACCGUUAUGUAUAUUUCUUUCUUUUUUCUAAACGUAUAAGUUAAGCAUUCUUGGAGGCCUUAAGUAAACAGUAUCCUUUGACUAACCAUCGCACAUCGGCCGGGCCUCCACGAGUAUCGAUCGCACACGAGGCCCUUUGAGCGGCAGCGACGUCCGUCCCGCAAGGCGCCGAUGAGGCCGCUGGGUGCGCGCGAGAGAGGCGAAUACUACGAGUCGGAGGUUCGCGCACCGAGCUUUGACCGAAGCGGUUUGAAGAAGGACACUGAACUACCUCUUUUAGGUGGGGAAAUUCUUUUUUUCAGAAACCCAAAAAUAAAAUCUAUUUUUAUCCUGGUUUUACACAAGAACGGUUUAGUCGGUCCGGUUGCACUAAGCCAGUGAAACGUUGAACGUUGGCUCCAACGUUGACCCAACGUUGGCCCAACGUUGCAUGUUCACUGAGAAGACGGAGUCGUUGCCAUUCGCGAUGAUCGCUGCCGGCGGCUCAGCACGCCCUGCUGUGUCAUCAUCCCAAUCCCGAUUAAAGCAAAUGGAAGUGCAGGGUCCGUGUCGGUGUGCGUCCCUCGGUGUCCUGCGGAGAGAUCUGCUACAGCACAACGCACACAACACACCGCACACACACACGCGGUACACAACACACCGCACACACACAUACACACGCGGUACACAACAGACCGCGCAACACACACACAUACACACGUGGUACACACCCCACACACAGUACACAGUACACAGCACACACCGCACACAACACAAACACUCCGCACACCAGUACUCCUCACACACAGCACACAACACACACAGCACACAUACACGUUAUACAAACACCGCACGCACCCACUGUACACACGGUACAUAACACGCACGGUACACAACACAAACACUGCACACACACUACACACAACGCAGCACGCAACUAUUUUAAAAUGACUGCCGACGAAUCGAAUAUUUAUGUAUUUAAAAUGAAAAAAAAAUUGCAAUUGGAUGGUUACUCAUAGUUUAAGCAAUAUAUCACACACGAGAAUAGGUUUUCCCUUUUUUCUGGCAACAAAACAGGUGUUAAGAUGU